AUGGCUUCCUCACAUAAUCAAAAACUCGGCUCCGAUGUGUGCGUUGUAGGAGCAGGACCACUUGGUCUCCUGGCACUCAAGAACCUUCGAGAGCAAGGUCUUGAUGCCAGAGCUUUUGAAAGACAGGAACACAUUGGUGGAACAUGGCAUGCGUCGCAUAACACCGAGCAGACGACUGCCUUGCCACAGACGAAGCUCAACACCUCCAAGCAAUGUUGUGCCAUCACUGACUUUCCAAUUCCUGACGAGUUCCCUAUGCACCCCCCUCAAAAGGAUAUGGAGAAGUACUUCGAAUCGUAUGCCCGACACUUCGACCUAUUCCCACAUAUUGAAUUAUCAACCUCAAUAGAUCGGGUAGAACGCGAUGAGCAACUCCAAAAGUGGACAGUUACUACCAAGAACACCAAGACCGGCGUCAAGGAGGUCAGGACCUUUAGUCGUGUGGUUGUAGCCACAGGUAUGCUCAAUACCAAGCAUAUUCCAAAGGUCAAGGGCCUCGACAAGUUUGCCGGGGAUGUCAUGCACUCACGAGAGUUCAAGGACGCUUCGAAGUACCAGGGCAAGAACGUGGUUGUCGUGGGCGUUGGCGCAACUGGCGUCGAUUCAACAUCGUUCUUGGUGAGGGCUGGAGCCAACAAGGUCUAUUCCAGCCAUCGAGGCACCAUCUUCGUUCUCCCUAGAGUCAUCAAGGGCAAAGCGUUUGAGCACGUCAUGAGUCGCCGUAUUGGCAUCUGCUUGAGAGCCGUGGCUAAUUUCUUGCCCAAUGUCUUUCCAUCAAUCAUGACCAAGAUGUUGACAAGCACACGAGAUAAGGAGUGGCCACACUUGAAAGAGCUCCUCAAGGCUCGACCAGUUGACGGUUUCCCCUAUCGAAUUCCGUUAUUUUCAGACGACUUUGCGGACAAUAUUAAGAACGGCAACAUCAAGUCCGUCUUCGGCAUCAAGGAGAUCACUGGACCCAAGACGAUCACCCUUACUGACGGUACAGCUCUAGAAGACAUCGAUGCCAUCGUCUUCUGCUCAGGUUAUGAUUAUGACUUUUCCGCCAUCAAAGGUCCUGGCGAUCCUACCGACCCGGCCUUUGCGCCUGACCAUCUGAAGAAGGUCAGGGCAGCCAAGUAUUAUAACGAGAACAACCAAUUUGCGCGUCUCUAUCAUGGUUUUAUGUCAGAACAGUUUCCAGACUCGUUGGCUUUCAUCGGCCACGUGAUCAUCAUGAAGCCUCCAUUUGUCAUGUACGAUCUUGUUACCAUGUCCUUGGCGAGUUUGUGGUCUGGAAGCUACCCUAUUCCCUCUGAAGAAGAGAGGCGGAAGGAUAUCGAUAAACAAUAUGAGGUCAUCGUCAAGUUUCUCCAAAAGGGUCCAGUUCCUCAUAUGGGAAUGAGAAUCGAUGGAAAGGCUACCUAUGAGUUUUUAAACCAAGCAGCAGGCACAGGAGUGACAGACCACUUGGGGUGCUUCACUCGAAAGGCUUGGAAGCUUUGGUGGAACGACCGAAAGUUUUACAAUCUUUUGAUGGACGGUACUGAGGUGCCUGCAGUUUACAGGCUAUUUGAUACAGGUCGAGGUCGAAAGCCUUGGGGUGGUGCAAGGCGAUGGAUUGAGAAGACUAACCAGGAGGUGAAGGCAUUGGGGGAGAACUGGGAGAAGGAGAAUAAGGCCAAGAAGACGAAUUGA